AGCCUACAUAUACAAAUGCAACUUCUGAUUAAGACCGCAAAGCUGGCGACAGCGUUGGACAUUGGUGGAUUUGGAGUUGUGUUUGCAGCCACCACAUUCGCCAUCCGUGAAUUGGACUUGAGAAUUAUGGUGAUCGGAAUGAUAUGUGCCUGCCUCAAUGUGCUCAUGUACGGGUCUCCCCUUGCUGCCAUGAAAACGGUGAUCACCACCAAGAGUGUGGAAUUCAUGCCCUUCUUCCUCUCCUUCUUCCUCUUCCUCAACGGAGGCGUCUGGGCAACGUACGCUGUGCUUGACCGAGACAUCUUUCUCGGGAUCCCCAAUGGGAUAGGCUUCAUCCUUGGCACGAUCCAGCUGAUCAUCUAUGCGAUCUACAUGAACAGCAAAGCCUCCCAGAGCAGCAAAGAAACAUCGGAAGAUGCGGCUCCUCUUCUAGCUUCAAACGCUUGAUACGGCCAAGGAGAAGCAUCUAGCCGUGUUUGAUGCGCGGCAUGCUGGAGUAGAAGCUGGUCUUAAAAACUGUCAGACUUCACGAGUGUGCCUACCACUAUCCUAGUGAUUGGGGAUUAUUCAUUUUUAUUAAGCACGUAAAGUUUCUUUGAUGAGUGCCAUUUUUGUUUGUAAGUUUCGAUGAUGCCCCCAUUGGUCCAGUUACAUUUUACUAUUUUAGAAUCUUGGCACGGAAAAUUUGUCAUAGAAAGGCAAUGUCCAUGAAGAUAUUGUGAAGAUUCAUACAUUUGACUAUCCAGAAAAAAAUAUUUUUUUGGUUGUUUGUCAUA